AUGACUUCCUUCCUCACUACAUACUGCCACACAGUAGCACAUCUUCCAUCAUCAUCCUUUUUUACUCUGGCAGAUAUCCUAUCGGAUGAGCCGACUCAGUCUCUCACCGCCGAUGGCAAGCACUUCGUAUGGAUAUUCAGUUAUUAUCUGAUCCAAGAGAAGCGAGCUUUGACCAAAUCGGCAAACUGGCGUGAUUAUGGGGAACCUCAACUAUUGAGCCAUUGCCUAAGUGGAUGGAGAUUGAUGUCAAUGAUGCAUUGGAAUUCCUGGGUUCCAGUUUCGACAACCCAGCAGUGCGCUCGAAUGCUGUGGCGAGGUUGCGCAUGGCAGAUGAUAGGAGCUUCUUCUCUCUAUCCCUUGCAACUGAUACAGGCGUUGAAAUACGAGGAAAUUUCCUUUGAUCAGGCUGAUGGCGCAGCCCGGGACCUUUCCCUAGCCAGUUUCCUCAUUGCGCGUGCUGCAAACAACUUCAAGCUUGGUCACAAGAGGGUGCUCCGACUGAGAGUAAACCUGCAAUAUCAACCUUACACAUCUCUUGCUAUAUUCCAGGGCUAA